GCAAUUGCUUUUAUUACUUCUUUUUGUUUACGUAAACGUCUUUGUACAGAUCUUAUUUACGAUUCCAAUAAAAUCCGUGAACAUUUGUUAAAUUGUUUUGAACGAAAAGAAAUGACGGAAUUUCCAUUAACUAAGAAAACUUUAAGUAAAAGGAAACAAUAUAGUGAUACAAUUAUUAAUAUUUAUAAUUAUUGUCUAUGUAAUUUACCUGAAUGCCUUGAUGAUAUGGUUUUAUGUGAUAAAUGUAAUAAAUGGUUCCAUAAAAAUUGUAUUAAUGCCCCCAUUGAUGUGUCAUCCAUUGAUAAUGACUUUGAUUGUGGUUUAUGUUCUUAAAGGAAAAACGAACUUUUUUAUAAUAUAUUUUACAUUUAUUAAGAUUCACUUUAAUAUAUUAGUUUAUUAAAUUUAUUAUAUUCUUUAUAGCUAUAUACAUAUAUUGAGUUGUUACAUUGAUAUUAUUAUUUGUAUGUGUAAAAUAAAUUCAUGUACCGAAUGUGUUAUAUUGCUUAAAUAAAAUUGCAAUGAAGUUCAUUCUUUAUCUUCGUUUUUAUUACUGCACAAUAUUACUAUACAUUAUCAUUAUCUAUUUUAUUAUAAUUUUAUCUCACACAUCAUUCUACACUAUAUCUAUAGCGCCCGCUUUUUUCCUCUAUAUCUAUAUCGUCCGCUUUUUCUCUAUUUAUUUAUAUUGUCCGCAAAAAUAGGGCAAAGAGCGGACAGGUUCAAUCAGGUAGCAUGUUGUUGACACUUAAUUGUCGUUAAUUUGCAACACGUGUCCGUCACAAGAGUAUACGUCUACUCUAAAUUUCUAUAUCGUCCGCUUUUUUCCUCUAUAUCUAUAUCGUCAGCGUUUUCCCUAUAUAUCUAUAUUGUCCGCAAAAUGCGUAUCAUGUUAUCUCUAGCUAAGUGCCGACACGAUUAAUCAGUAGCGUGUUGUUCACACUUAUAUAAUUACCGUUAAUUUGCAGCACGCUUCUGCUUAUAUUGUAUCAAUAAAAAACAACAGCCUGUCAUUACUUAUUUAUAUCAAUAAUUUAUGAUUAAAAAUUACUCUUACAAACUUUUGAUUUUGAAAAAUCAAGGCUUUUUUUUAUUUUGCGAACAAAAAUUUUGUCCGCCUACUGCACAUAAAGACAUACAAAAACAAUGCCAAAAUGAAAUACAUAUCCUUAAUUACAUAUCAGCUGUUGCCAAUUUAGUACCAUCAUUGUAAUUCUAAAGACAUUCAUUUGAUCCAUUUGUUUCAUAUAUUAGUUUUCAAUAUUUAGAAAUUCCGAAAAUGUGUCAUAUAAAUAUAAUAUAAAAUUCAUUGACAUUCAAUCAUAAAUUACUUUAAUAUUUCUCCCAAUUUGCUAAUUUAUUAUAUUUUUUUAUAUAUUAAAGUAUAAAUCCAAUUACACGUCAUUUUUAUAAACUUCAUCAAUGCCCAAAAUCAUCACCAGUUAGUCCACACUAUAUAUCCAUAUCGUCCGCUUUUUUCCUCUUUGUCUAUAUUGUCAGCGUUUUCCCUAUAUGUUUAUAUUGUCCGCUUAAGGCGUCCGCGUUUUAGACAGGCCCACUGUAUAGUACAUGUUUAUGACAUUUCACAACAGCUAUAAUUAUUGUGUAAUGCCAUUUAUUAGGAGUAAAUAAUAAAGAAAAUUACAACAGGGAUUCCAAAAGAAUUGAUUAUCGUAUCAAUCAGUGAGAAAAGCUUUUAAAAUGGCGCAUAAAACGGUUGUGGAGAAAAUGAAUGAAAUACAGCAGGUUAUAGAAGAAACAUCAAAAAUAAUAAUUGGUUCGCAAGAAAUAAUAGAGAAAUUGGCCAGUAAAGAAAUUGGAGAAGAAUAUUCGAGUAUUGAACAGUGCUUGCAACAGUUGAAGAUGAAAACUGAACAGACAGAACUUGUUCUUCAAGAUGUCCUUUCUUGUGUUCAACGUAGGGCUGACAGAUUUUCUUUACCAAAAUAUUCUAAGUAUGCAAGCAAAACUGCCAGGGUGACAAGCUACAAUGAUUGUGGAGACAUUGUGAUACCACCAGAUAGUUUAGCUACCUCAGGAUUUUUCUAUGCUGGUUUUGGUGACUGUGUUAGGUGCUUCCAAUGUGGAGUUGGUCUUUGUCAUUGGUCAGAAGAAGAUGAUCCUUGGAUCGAACAUAGUAGAUGGUCAAAGGAUUGUUUAUUUGUUAAACACGUGAGAGGUCAAGAGUUCGUGAAUCUUGUACAAAUGGCUGUAAAGUAUUCUCAGAAUACAAAUGGAAACAGCCAGGCUACAGUCACCAAUAAAGCUGCAUCAACCAACGAGUGUUCUGCCAAUGUUGAAAUAGAGCGCCAAAUGCAUACAGAUGCUGUCCAAAGUGUGCUAGAGAUGGGUUACAGUCAAGAUGUUAUACGGAAUGCUCUAAGUGCAAUAAGAAAUAGAGAUGAUGGGCGGGCAUUAAAUGCCACAAUUUUGAUGGAGAAAAUCUUUGAAUUAGAAGAUGAAGCAUCCGCCUUGGUCCAAGGCACACCAGAGAAUCAGAUUGGCAUCAAUUAUUUUAGUUCAGCGUCAUCAAAGAGCGCUAGCAUUGAAUCGGUCGUUGUGUCCGAAUUGCCUCCAGCGACAAAUUCAUACAGUGGACCAACGGAAUUAUUCAGAACUGAAACACCCUCACUUGAUAUAUCAUGUGAUGGUAUUGAUGAGAUGUGGGAGCUGCAGAUCGAAAACCAAAGACUGAGAAACAUACUCUUUUGCCGCCAUUGUAAGGUCGAAUUUCGUGAAAUUGUGUUUCUAAGUUGCCCUUGUCCACAUCUUUUGUUCUGCAAUAUAUGUUACUUAUUAUAUGAUAUUUGUCCAGUGUGCAACACUCCAGUCAAAGCUUUGAUGAAUGUAAGGAGGUAAAAUAUGAACCAAGUUGUUUCCUCCAGAAUAAUAGAGACAUAAACUCUUUCAAAUAACUUUUCACAUAUUGCAUUUCUAAUUUGUUUGAAAAUGAAAACAAACAAACACACAUUCGGCAAUCAUAAACAAAUGUCAACUGUCUUUCGUGUGACGUAUUUGACGACGUGUGAUAUGACUUCUUGCAUAACAAACCUGGCUGAAUAUUUUCUAUUCAUCAGCAAUACUAUGUUACUAUGUUAUAAUAAAUAUAGACAAAAGCAAUAUGUACAGUUUAAUCACUUAGAUGUCAAUACUAUUAGAAAUUAUCAUUUUAUAGAUCAUGUAACUCAUUUUUAUGGUUUUAUAUCAUAAAUAUAAUGCUCAAAUGAAGAUUUACCAAUAUUGUAAGUUUCAAAAACCAUUAUUUGUAAAGAAAUUACCGAAUUUACAUUUUCAUUUUAAGAAAGUAAGGUAACUAAAAAUUUAUAAUCUAUAAAUAAGAAUUUAUUUUCUAUAAAGUCUAAGUCAAAUUCAUCAAUAAGAAAUGAAAUGAUGUAUUUUAAUGAGUACAAUAUUUGCAGUAUGAAUUUUACAUAUUUAGAAGCAUAAUUAUAUACAUAAGAAUAUAUAAAAUCUCUCUUGAGUGUGGUAACAACCUAAAUCACAGCAUACAGGAAAAUCGUAUCUUUUCAACAAAUACAUCUCCCUUCUGUCCCAAAUGUAUGGGGAAAACACUGUCAUUUACAAGACAUAACUACGAAUUAUAGGUAAUGGCAUGGAAACUGCACAUACUUUUUGUUUUUCAAUUAGACAUGUUAUAUUAAUUGGUGUCAAAAUGCGGUUUUAAUUACAGAGUGUUAUUCUUCCUUGCAUAAAGUGACAGUGAAUUGACUUGUUUACAUUUAAAAUGUAAUGAGAUAAGUAUUUGUAAUAUCAUGUCAAAAUUUCUUAGCGGCUAACAAGGGAUUCAAUUUCGUAAUCUGUUUAAACUUGACAAAUAGAUUAACUUUGAUUUUUUUUAAUUAUAACAUUUCUGUAAGUUGCAUACUAGAUAAAACAGCAAAAAAACUGAUUAUCAUAAAAUAGUGUUGUUGAUUAAAACAAAGGUUUUAUUAACAUUGCAUGCUGUAACUUAUGACCAUUAAUGUUUGCAAUGUUAUUUCAACUUACAUUAACUCGUUUGUUACAUAAUGCAAGAGUUGAAAUACUAUUGAUGAAGUCUAGGUCAAUAUACAAUGACUAAUCAAAGUUAACUACAGCAAUGUUACUUUUGCAAAUAUUAUCGUUACUGUUGUUAAAAUAAUGAUUUUUGUUUGAAUGUAAUGCAUGUCUACAGAAACAUAUUCUGUCUUACUGGCUAGGAAAGACGUAUGUAAUUAUAGACUCAGUGGGCGCCUUAUUGUUAAAUAUUUUUAUAGAUUAUACACUAUGUGUAUUGACUAUGUUUCAAAUACCUUUAUGAAUUCCAUUGUACGGUGUAUACAACAAAUUAUAAAAAAAUAUGCUGAUAAUUUUUUGCAACUUUUUGCCAUAAUAACAAUGUAACUUACUGAAAUCAUUAUUAUAUUAGCACGUAAAUAGUAUUAAUCGAUGUUCACUGUACUGUAAAAUGAACAUGUCAUAUUGACAAAGUAGUAUCUUUUGUUGUUGUUUUCUUAUACAUUUUGCGAGGAUCAUUCCAUAUUUGAACGCUUGUUCGCAAGGUGUUCACUCUUAAGAUAAUAAUUUACUAAGCAUAUAUUUUACCAAGGUUGAUUGAAUGCCGCACUUGCUUUUGAUCUUGUUUUUCAUAUUGUAGAUUAUUAUCUUACAAACAUUGGCUAAAGCGACCUUGUUUAACAAUGUUUCUUAUACUUAGGUAACAUUGAUUCAAUUUAUUGAAUGAUUUUCGUAAUUAACAUCAACUUGUUAACAAAUGUUUAUCAAAGUUAUCAAAUAAAAGUGUACUACUUUUUA